AUGGAGGCCGUUACGCCCCAGCCGCCCGCUUACGAGAACGACAAGAUCGCGGAGAACAAGUAUGAGCCAACUUUCGAGGAAGAGCAUGGAAACCUGAAGCAGGGCGAGGUCUCGGAUGCCUUCGGUAACGAGGAGUACGCCGAGAUUAAGUAUAAGACGCUGAAGUGGUGGCAAUGCGGUCUGCUCAUGAUUUGCGAGUCCGUCUCGCUGGGUGUUUUGUCGCUGCCCUCAGCUGUGGCUACAUUGGGCUUGGUGCCUGGUGUCAUUCUCAUCGUGGGCCUGGGUCUCCUCGCCACGUACACUGGAUAUAACAUUGGGUUGAUGCGUGAGCGCUAUCCUCACAUUCAGAACCUGGGUGAUGCCGGUGAGAUCCUGCUGGGUCGUUUUGGCCGCGAGCUUUUCGGCACCGGCCAGUUUCUGUUCUGCAUCUUCGUCAUGGGUAGCCACAUCCUGACCUUCCGCGUCAUGAUGAACACAAUUACCAACCACGGCACCUGCUCCAUCGUCUUCAGUCUGGUUGGCAUGAUCAUCUCGCUGGCCCUGUCUAUCCCGCGAACCAUGCGCGGCAUGACCUGGAUCUCCUUCGCUUCCUUCCUCUCCAUCUUCACUGCGGUCCUGAUUACCAUGAUUUCCGUCGGCGUUGAGGAACAUCCCGGCCGGAUUAUUGAGGCCACUGUCGAUAACACCCUGUACACCGCAUUCCAGGCUGUCUCCAAUAUCGUCUUCGCCUACUGCGCCCACGUUGCCUUCUUCGGCCUGAUCGCCGAGAUGGAGACUCCCAAGGACUUCAAGAAAUCGCUCUUCAUGCUUCAGAGCUUCGAAAUCUGCCUGUACCUUACUGCCGGUGUGGUUAUUUAUUACUAUGUUGGCAAGGACGUCGACUCGCCCGCCCUGACCUCCGCCGGCCCGAUCAUGAAGAAGGUCGCAUACGGCAUCGCCAUCCCCACCAUCGUCGGCGCCGGUGUCGUCAACGGCCAUAUCGGCUUGAAGUACAUUUACUUCCGCAUCUGCCACAAGUCUGACCUGAUGCACCAGCGCAACUGGAAGUCCAUCGGCCUGUGGCUUGCGCUCGGAGUGUCCUGCUGGAUCGUCGCCUGGAUCAUCGCCGAGGCCAUUCCCGUGUUCAGCGACCUGAACAGCCUGAUCAGCGCUCUGUUCGCCAGCUGGUUCAGCUACGGCCUCAGCGGUAUCUACUGGCUGCACCUCAACAAGGGCCAGUGGUUCGCCAGCCCACGCAAGAUCGCGUUGACCGUGCUCAACAUCGCCAUCGCCCUGUUUGGUCUGGCUCUGUGCGUUCUUGGCUUGUAUGCUUCCGGAACCGCGAUCCACAACGAUACCAGCAGUGCCAGCUUUAGCUGUGCUAACACUGACACCUAA